ACCCAGCCGUCUACACCGCAGUAACGAACGACACCGACGGCCGCAGUGAGCAGUGUUGGAGCCGCUCGCGACAACAUGGAAAUAUUCGCGCCCGAAAUAGUCCCGCGUCCGACUCAGCUAUGAACUGUUGCGAGUCCAGCAGGCCGCAGUGCACGCAGCGGAUUUCGUUCGACCUUGGCUUCCCUCGACAUCUUGGACCGCAAUGAACGGUACGGUGAGGGUGUGCGAUCAGCGCGAGUGAGCGAUCGGCCGAGACCUAGUGGCACAAUAGUCCAGCAGGGCGAACAUUCCGCCGCACAGUAUGGCCUCGGUCGCCGCUUGGCUGCCAUUUGCCCGGGCGGCGGCCAUCGGCUGGGUGCCCAUCGCCACGCACCCGCUCCCGCCGCCUCCGAUCCCCAAGGACCGACGCAAGGCAGACGACGAGAAGCUGCUCAUCAACGUGUCGGGACGGCGAUUCGAGACGUGGCGGAACACGCUCGAGAAAUACCCAGACACCCUCUUGGGCUCGAACGAGAGAGAAUUCUUCUACGACGAGGAAUGCAAGGAGUACUUUUUCGAUCGCGAUCCGGACAUCUUUAGACACAUCCUCAACUACUAUCGCACGGGAAAGCUCCAUUAUCCGAAGCACGAGUGCCUCACCAGCUACGAUGAAGAGCUGGCGUUCUUCGGUAUCUUGCCGGACGUCAUCGGCGACUGCUGCUACGAGGAUUACAGGGACCGCAAGCGCGAGAACGCAGAAAGACUCAUGGACGAUAAAUUGUCCGAAAACGGCGACCAAAAUCUACAACAGUUGACCAAUAUACGACAGAAGAUGUGGCGGGCCUUCGAGAAUCCGCACACCUCGACGGCGGCUUUAGUAUUCUAUUACGUGACAGGUUUCUUCAUUGCCGUUUCGGUGAUGGCAAACGUCGUAGAGACGGUGCCUUGCGGCAGGCGACCGCAAGGAGCAGGCUCCCUGCCGUGUGGCGAAAGAUACAAAAUCGUAUUUUUCUGCUUGGAUACUGCUUGCGUUAUGAUUUUCACUGCUGAGUACUUAUUACGAAUGUUUGCAGCCCCUAACCGAUACAAGUUUGUUCGCUCCGUCAUGAGCAUUAUUGAUGUUGUAGCUAUUCUACCUUAUUAUAUCGGCCUGGGCAUCACCGACAACGAUGAUGUCUCCGGUGCUUUCGUUACCUUGAGAGUCUUCCGGGUUUUCAGAAUUUUCAAAUUUUCACGUCAUUCUCAAGGUCUACGCAUCUUGGGUUACACUCUCAAAUCGUGCGCUUCCGAACUUGGUUUCCUCGUAUUCUCCUUGGCCAUGGCCAUCAUCAUCUUCGCCACGGUCAUGUUCUACGCAGAGAAGAACGUCGGCAAAACCAACUUCACUUCCAUCCCCGCUGCUUUCUGGUACACGAUCGUAACGAUGACUACUCUAGGGUACGGCGACAUGGUCCCGGCCACUAUAGCGGGAAAGAUCGUGGGAGGAGUUUGCUCCCUGAGCGGAGUGCUCGUAAUCGCAUUACCCGUACCUGUUAUCGUUUCCAAUUUCAGCAGGAUUUACCACCAGAAUCAAAGAGCAGACAAACGCAAAGCUCAAAGAAAAGCUCGUUUGGCACGCAUUCGCAUCGCGAAAGCGUCAUCGGGGGCGGCUUUUGUCAGCAAAAAGAAGGCCGCAGAGGCCCGUUUGGCCGCGCAGGAAUCCGGGAUAGAACUGGACGACAACUACCGAGAGGAGGACAUAUUCGAGUUGCAGCACCACCACUUGCUUCGGUGCUUGGAGAAGACGACCGACCGCGAAUUCGUCGAGCUCGAGGUGCCGUAUAACGGCCACCCGAAGCGUCCCGGCUCGCCGUCCCCGAUGGCGAGCCCCGCUCACUCCGCGGUCUCCAUAGGGUUGAUUCAAUCCUGCUGCGGCAGGUGCUGUCCACGCAGGUACCAGCAGGCUUGCGGCAAGUACAUGCCGGCAGCUUCGGCAGCACAGUCGAAUCAAACAGGCGGUGGUAUGGACGGCACUUAUCUUGUGGAGGCGUCCUUUUAGACAUGUCGGCCGGAACAUAUCAAUCUCCCGCCUUGUGGUUGCGUCUCGGUCGCGAUUCCCUUUUCUUCGUUUUCCAAACAUCGAUUCUAUUGUGUUGACGUGUGUAGUGUAAAUUGUGAUAUAGCUGAUAAAUGAACUGACAGUUGAUCUAUGUACGUACUUACACAAUAAACCGACUCAUUCUACACUCGUUUCAUAGACUAUAUGGUGUAUUGUAAGAUAUAGAGGGUUGCACUUCAGUUUUUUGAUUGAAUAGACUCGCGUCGUAGCUCUGACCGUUCUAUCGUUCUAUCUCUCUCUAUCUUCUUCACAGACACUGUCUAAUACAUUCCUGUCCAUCUGAAACGGAAUUCUGGCUCCUCGCGCGAGUCUAAGAGGCCAUCUUUAAACUGGAGCUCACGCCGUACUACUACAUAACUAGUAAUUACAUAAAUCGUUUUACAGUCUUACUAAUUAGGAAGGAACACGUUACGUGUUACAGUAAAAAUAAUUAGUUAACUAUACAUAUAAAAAAACAUAAGUAGCCAUUGUAAAAUUUCAAGAUACCUAUAUAUCUAGAACUUAACGAAUUUGUCUUUCACAUUGUUUUGUCUCCACCAUCUUCUAAAAUGAUUGUUUCGUUUCGAUUAUAUAGUUUAAACAAUAAAUUUUCCACAAUCUAA